AUACAGAGCUUGACAAUCCGGCUGGAAAGAAAUACGACGAGCACAUUUGGCGUAAGCUGCAUUGUUUCUCAAACGACCAUGACUUGUGCGUGUCUUGAGGAUGGAUAGACUUUUGAUAAAGCCGAAAAGGAUGUUGCAAACAUCAAUUCCAAAUAGAUGCAGUCCUUUCUGCGAGUGUCAUGCUUCCUUGAAGCCCAAAUACGCAUUCCUCACAUUCUUGUACGCCCAAACCCAUUUAGAAAUGAUGCAAGGGUGGAUUAGGUCUCCAAGGCGUUGUUCCGAUAUGGUGUUCGUACUGAUGACUAGUACAACACCUCAACUUUGUUGCUUUUGCCUUUCGCCACUUUCUGUGUCGAAAGCCUAGGUACCGAUCUAGAGUUUACUCAAGAUAUCCGCUGCGAUAUGUGCGAGCCUAUGGUGUAGAUAUCGUGUGCAGCAUGAGUAUUUCAACCACUGGCAUGGCUGGCUGCAAUGAAUGAGUGACAAAUCGAAUCGCCCAGUCA